AUGUUCAGCUCCGAAGGAAAAUAUCGAAAAACCUAUCGCCAUCAGUUCGAUCAACUCAGAGACAAUGAAAAUGAGUUGCCGUUGUCCAUAAUUGCAUCGCGUGCAGUUAGCCGAAAUAUCCCGCUGAAUGAGAUGCAAUUGAAUGCGUUGAGCAAAUCGAAUGAUGAAUAUGUGGAUGUGGAUGGAUUUCAGCAGAUUGUAGGUGGUUUUUCAGGGGCUGGAAAUUUGCCACGUGGCUGUUUUUAGGCUGAAAAUUUGCAAAAAUUUCAAUUUUUGACGCAAAAAAUCAUGAAAUUAAAAGAUAAAAUUUACAAUUUCCCAAAUUUGGUUUUACUGAAAUUCCAGAAGUUUCAGCUUUAUUGAAAAUGCCACGUGGCAAUUUUUAAUCAUCAAAUUUAUGAAAAAAAAUUGAAAAAUCUUUUUUUUUGACAAAAAAAAGGUGCAUACCGUACCACCUGCGUAUCUAACUCGGGUUUCUGUCCAAGAGUUAGAUGUGCAGGUUCUACCGUACUUUAGCAUGCGCCUUUGCUUUUCGUGUUUUUGGACAAAGAUCAUGAAAAUCCUCUGAUUUUUGAAGAAUGAGAAAGCCACGUGGCAAUUUUCGGACUGAAAUUGAAGUUCCAAAAAUUUUGGCUGAAAAUCAUGAGAAAGUUUGAUCUUGUUUUUAAAGCUUAAAAAGCCACGUGGCAAUUUGCCAAAUAAAAAAUCUCAGAUUUUCAUUUUCAAGCUGAAAAUCUGACUAAAAAUUCAAAUUUUUCUCCAAAAAUCCCCGAAUUUGCCACGUGGCUGUUUUUAGGCUGAAAAUCUGGAAAAAAAACGUGGCAAUUUCGCAACCUAAAAUUCAAAAUUCAUUAAAUUUUGUUCUACCGAAAUUCCAGAAGCUUAAAAAUGCCACGUGUCAAUUUUCGGACUGAAAUUGAAGUUCCAAAAAUUUUGGCUGAAAAUCAUGAGAAAGUUUGAUCUUAUUUUUAAAGCUUGAAAAUGCCACGUGGCAAUUUGCCAACUAAAAAAUCUCAGAUUUUUAUUUUUAAGCUGAAAAUCUGACUAAAAAUUUAAAUUUUGCUCCAAAAAUCCCCGAAUUUGCCACGUGGCUGUAUUUAGACUGAAAAUCUGAAAAUUGAAAAAUCUAAAAUUCAAAAUUUAUUAAAUUUUGUUCUACAGAAAUUCCAGAAGCUGAAAAAUGCCACGUGUCAAUUUGCCAACUAAAAAAUCUCAGAUUUUCAUUUUUAAGCUGAAAAUAUGACAAAAAAUUUAAAUUUUGCUCCAAAAAUCCCUGAAUUUGCCACGUGGCUGUUUUUAGGCUGAAAAUUUGUAAAAAUUUCAAUUUUUACGCAAAAAAGCAUGGAAUUAAAACCUAAAGUUCUACAGAAAUUCCAGAAGCUGAAAAAUGCCACGUGUCAAUUUUCUGACUGAAAUUGAAAUUCCAGAAAUUUUUUAGAAGCUAAAAAUGCCACGUGGCAAUUUUUCAAGAGAAAAUUCAAAAUUCACCAUGAUUUUUAAACAUAAAAAAUGAUCCACGUGGCCAUUUUCAACCAAAAUUCCCAUAUUUUUGCAGAUAACUUCAAAAAUGGCUCAAAAAUCGCUGAUGAAACGAAUGUUGUAUGAUAUUGCUGAUCCAGUUAUGAGUAAAUCCCAAAAAGUUGAAGUUCAUUCAUACAUCGAUGCGUAUUCUUGGUGUCCACCGCCUCUUUUUAUAUUGCUCAUCACAAUUGCUCAGGUUAGUAUAUUAUCUGUGACGUCAUAAAUGAAAUUGGCGACACCUUGUCCUCCUGGGGAAAUUUCGAAAUGUUCAUACAAAGUCUAAUAUGAGCAAUGGUUUUUCGGAUUUUUUUUGAACAAAAUUUCUGAAAAAUUGCUCAUUUUUCUCCAAAAAGCCUGAUUUUCGGCUCGAAAAAUUCCAAAUUUCAAAAAAAUCUGAAAAAUCAUUGCUCAUAUUAGAUUUUUCAUAUUUCAAAACAACGUGAAAACAUGAAUUUUCAAAUAAAAAAUCCCUAACCUGAGCAAUGCUGAAAAAUUCGAAAUGUUCUCUCUAAUCUGAGCAAUGCUCAAAAAAUCCCAAAUUUUUCCCCUAUAACCUGAGCAACGUUCAAAAAUUUCCUGAAAUCACUAUGUGUGUAAACACCACAACGCACAAAUGCACAAAUAUUGCCUACCGUAGUAAAACUUUCAAAUUUUCGUUCAAUUUUCCAAAAAAAAAUCUGAAAACCCAUUGCUCAUAUUAGAAUUUUCACAUUUUGAAAUACAAAACCUGAAAAAUAUGAAAUCCCAUAUAACCUGAGCAAUGCUCCAAAUGUUCCUUUAACCUGAGCAAUGCUCAAAAAACCCCGAAUUUUCUCUAUAACCUGAGCAAUGCUCAAAAUAAUCCAAAAUUUUCUCUAUAUCCUGAGCAAUGUUUAAAAAAUUCCGAAAGUUUUCCUAUAACCUGAGCAAUGCUAAAUUUUCCUGAAUCGCUAUGUGUGUAAACACCACGACACACAAAUGCACACAUUUGCGUACCGUACUAUAGCCCUCCAGCCGCUGGCUUAGCCGCUCGGAGCGAGGGGCUCGCUCGAGCCGCUGAGCGGCUCAGCGGCUUUAGCCAUCAAGCGGCUCGAUUGGCUUAGCCGCUGAGCCCCUCAGCGGCUUGAGCGGCUCGCUGGCUCAGCCGCUCAGCCAAGUGAGCCGCUGAGGGGCUGAGGGGCUUAGCGGCUAAGCCAAUCAAGCCGCUCGAUGGCUCGAGCCGCUUAGCCGCUAAGCCGCUAAGCCGCUCGAGCCGGCUUGGCUUGGCUCGGCUCGCCUUAUUUUUUGAGAAAAAUUGUUUUUUAUAUGUGAAAAUUAUGAAACAGUGAAUUUUUUCGAAUUAUUUUGUGUUCCGAAAUUAUUUUUUUCUAUUGGAUUUUAGUCAAUGGGUCAUGGAAAACUUUUUUGAGUUUGGGAAAAUUAUGGGCGGAGCUUAUUUUCAGCAUUUUGGCUGAAAAUAUGCUGAAAUUCGAAAAUUUCAAAAUUGUUCAAAAAUUUCCGGGUUUUUUCCUAGUGAUAGAGGAUAAUGUGUAGAGGAAUUUUGUACUAAUUUUAGCGCUGAAAAAAUGAGGGAAAAGCUGAAAAAACGAAGAAAACUCUCAAAUUUAUUUUAGUGUUUCUAAUCAAUUUUCAGACAAAAAAACUGAAAAUCAUAUUUUCCCUCAUUUUUUCAGCGCUAAAAUUAGUACAAAAUUCCUCUACACAUUAUCCUCUAUCACUAGGAAAAAACCCGGAAAUUUUUGAACAAUUUUGAAAUUUUUUGAAUUUCAGCAUAUUUUCAGCCAAAAUGCUGAAAAUAAGCUCCGCCCAUAAUUUUCCCAAACUCAAAAAAGUUUUCCAUGACCCAUUGACUAAAAUCCAAUAGAAAAAAAUAAUUUCGGAACACAAAAUAAUUCGAAAAAAAUUCACUGUUUCAUAAUUUUCACAUAUAAAAAACAAUUUUUCUCAAAAAAUAAGGCGAGCCGAGCCAAGCCAAGCCGGCUCGAGCGGCUUAGCGGCUUAGCGGCUAAGCGGCUCGAGCCAUCGAGCGGCUUGAUUGGCUUAGCCGCUAAGCCCUCAGCCCCUCAGCGGCUCACUUGGCUGAGCGGCUGAGCCAGCGAGCCGCUCAAGCCGCUGAGGGCUCAGCGGCUAAGCCAAUCGAGCCGCUUGAUGGCUAGAGCCGCUGAGCCGCUCGAGCCAACGGCUCGCUCGCUCGCUCAGCCGCUCGAGCGGCUAAAAAACGAGGGGCUGGAGGGCUAUAUACCGUACCAUUUUCCAGGUAGCCACAUUCCUUGUCUAUUUCGAAACCGAAACCCCGUCUCCAUUUUCCCGAAAAAGAUCAAUAUGGACAGAUUGUGCUGGCUGCUAUAUCCAUGAAAAUCACUCGCUGCAACCUGGAAUUCUGAUUUUCGCGCCGAAACUUCGAGAAGAAGCCUGGAGAUUUUUCAGUUAUCAAUUUUUGCACGCUGGCCUCAAUCAUCUUUUGGGCAAUUGUAUAAUGCAAUUAUUAGUUGGUCUUCCACUCGAAGUUGCUCAUAAAAGUUGGCGAAUUGCUCCGUUAUAUUUGCUCGCAGUGGGCUCCGGAGCAUUGUUGCAAUAUGCGAUUGAUACGAAGAGUUUGUUGGUUGGCGCGUCGGCCGGGGUUUAUGCGCUCAUUUUUGCACAUAUUGCUAAUGUUAUUUUGGUGAGUGUUUGGGCUUCGGAAUUUGCAAAAAUUUUCAAAAAAAUCCUGAAAUUUUUCAUUAAAAAAUUAUCAGAAGCCACGUGGCAAAAAUUCUGGUUUCUAAAAUUCAAAAUGCCAAGGAUCAGCGCCUAGAGAGAAUAUGUCUCAAGGAGCCGCGCCUAGAGAUCCUACUUGUCUAGGAGCUACGCCGAGAGAGUUCAAUUGUGAAGGAUCAGCGCCUAGAGAUUCUUUAUUACCAGGUGCCGCGCCUUGAGGUGCCUCUAUGUCAAGUAGCCGCGCCUAAAAAACCUAUUUGUCAAGGAUCAGCGCCUAGAGAGCAUAUGUCUCAAGGAGUCGCGUCUAGAGACCCUAGUUCUCAAGUAGCCACUCUUAGAAAUCCUACUUGUCUAGGAGCUGCGCCUAGAAGUCCUAGUUCUCAAGUAGCCGGGCCUUGAGAGCAUAUGUCUCAAGGAGCCACGCCUAGAGAAUCGAAUUGCCUAGGAGCCGCAUCUAGAAUUUCACUCUGACAAGGAGCUGAGCCUAGAGAUUCUUUAUGGCUAGGUGCCGUGCCUUGAGAGCUUCUAUGUCAAGUAGCCGAGCCUAGAAGUCCCACUUGUCUAGGAGCCGCUCCUUGAGACCCUAGUUCUCUAGUAGCCGCUCCUAAAGACCCUACUUGUCUAGGAGCCGAACCUUGAGACCCUAGUUUCCAAGCAGCUCCUAGAGAAUUUUAAAAAAAGUUUCUAGUCUUGAAAUCCACGUGGCUCAAAAUUUGCUCCGAAAUUUUUCUAGAAAUUUCGAAUUCUCUUCUGAAAUUUCCCAAUUUUUCACAGGUUCUCUGAGAAUUCCGAGAUUUUCACAGAAAAAUCUAGAAAUUUUUGGAAAAAAAAUCCACGUGGCAAAUCAAAAAUUCAAGUUAUAGGAAAUUUUAUUUGAAAAAUCCACGUGGCACAGAGAUCUUCCGAAUUCUAGAAAAUCAACGUUUGCUCAAAAAUUUCUGGGGGCAAAUUUAGCUGCGUAUUUGCAUUUGAUACUCAGUCGAAGCUGAGUAUCAAACGUACGCAGCCAAAUAAAAAAAUUCAUUUUUUUUUAAACGGCACUCCGCGAUUCCGCAAUGAAAAACCACGUGGCAGCUAAAAAUGUAUAAAUUUUCAAAUUGUUUCCAGAAUUGGCACGAAAUGCCGUUCCGCUGGGCGCGCGUCAUCGUCCUCGGCACAUUCGUCUCCUACGAUUUCGGCGCCGCCAUCUGGCGUCGAUUCUACGAAGAGGAAUGCGAUCAAAUCUCACAUUCCGCUCAUAUAUCCGGAGCAAUCACCGGGCUCCUUUUUGGCUAUUGUAUACUGUACAAUGUUGUUGAGCACAAAAUCGAGACAAUUGUCCGAUAUUUGUGCAUAUUUUUGUAUUCACUGUUUUUGGUGAUUACUAUUACUUUGGUGAUUUUGCGGGCUCCGCAUUCGGAGCCACUUUGGAGCUCGAAAUGCUCAUAA